AUGGUUUCCACACCAGAGAUUCUUGUCCACGGGCCCGAGGACGGCCGCAUCUCCAAGCUGGAGACGGUGAAGGAGGAACCCAGCUCAUACCCGUCUCAUCCAAUUCCUCAAUUACAAGGCCCGUUCGAAGAAUCAAUAGUCGAGACCGACGGGCCCGGGAACGACAGGAUCGUGAAUAUUGACGCGCAGACCCGGCGGCGCGAUCUAUUGGAAAAUGAUAAAUAUGAGCGACUCUGUGGGAGGCGAUGGCGCCAACUGAAAUCCGAAAAGUAUCAUCCUUUUUGGAAAUUAAUAUCGCAGAUGAUCUUCGGAGUACAUCUCCUCGCCAAAGGACUGGCAAGGUCUGAGACCUCAGUCAUGAAGAUCCUGCAAAACCAUGUCAAUGAGCUAGAUGGAUUUCUAGAGCGGACGACUGAAGACCUGAUGAUUGUGCGACUAGACGUUCACACGCGAAUUCAAUAUUUGAGUCUCCCUCUGGCCAACUUGGAUGUGUUCGAUGAGAUGCUGGUGGACCGAGGCUUUCGUCUCUCGAUCGUCGCCUAUAAUGAUCAAAUUGAACAUUCGAUAGACAGAUUCACUCAGGCUAUCACAGACGCCCUCAAAGACCUGCAAAAGGCCAAGGAGGCAAUGGGUGCACUUUGGUUCUUCUUCAAGGAGUUGAGCAACGGGGGCUGCUUUUCAUCGGAUAGCCUUCAGGCCUUCUAUCAGGCCAUGAUGGAAAACAUGGAGGGAUGGAUCGUCGCUAUCUCCAAACUCCGGCGACAGGGGACUGCCCUCCAGAAGGCUCUGAGUCAACUUGGUCUGGCAACCACAGAAAUGCAACGAAGAGUGGGAGUCGCCAGUAGAAAGGAUGUGCGAUCCUUUAUCAAACAAAGCAACAAGAUUGCCAACAGAAGCAAAUCUGUCAAACAAAGGCUCUUCGAGAGAAGGUCGUCGGCCAUCCCAGAAAAGCCGUUACCUCUCGAUCCAUUCUCCAAACCUAAAAGAUCCCAGACGACCUCCAAGCAUCUGGAGAGUCGCCCAGCUACAGCUAAAGACCAACCAGAUACCCCAAGCAACCCAGCCGCUUCAAGAGAGGGUGCUCGACGAAUCCUCAGCCGAGCCAAAUCAUGCAGUGCAUUGGCAACAGAAGCCACCAGCGAGAACCCUCCACCUCCACCUGUUCCCUCCACCUCUGUGAAAUUAAAACGCAGACUAUCCAAACCAUUCUUAUAUAAACGAUCUACCAGCGAAAAGGCCGAGCCUACGCGCCCACAGACAGCACCACAACCAUUACGACCAUCCCGCAGCAUUUCCAUUGAGCAACUCCGCGCAUUCUGCACUUCACGCCCCCCAACCAGACAAUCAAUGGUCAAAACCCCCACCCAGGCCCGCCAAGAGACCACCGACCAACUCAAUGGACGGGACACAAUGAAAGACCAAAUUUCCCAAUUCCUCAAAACAGACCGCGUCAUCGACGCCUGGGAUAGCGUGUCCAAGGGCGCGUCAUGCUGCGCACGUCCCAUCAAGUCGAAAGAGUGGCCAAGCAGUAUCUUCAGAACCAAGCCCACCUCUACACUCGACAAGGACGAUACGCUUUCCGGGCCGGACCUGGAAAGGCAAAUGUCGUGGGUGCAGGAAACCUUUGACGUGCUGCCGACGCACUCCUUUAAGACGAAGCCGGAAAUGUCUCCCCGCAUUCAUGUCCUCUCGGUGCAGAUGACCCUGGAUGAAGAAGUGGCUGAGCGAGAGGCAAGUCUGGAUUUGAGGAGUGAUGGGUCUCUUACGGCGUUGCCGGCUGUGCCGCCGCCUCCCAUUCCUGCGAUUGCACUGGAACACCGAUCCACACUGAUCGAUUGCGCGCAGGGUUAA